CGGAAGACGCUGUCAAACACGACGGAGCAAACGUGUGCGUAGGUAAAGUUGACAGUCUGUUGUCUAGAAAGUUCCAGCAGAAUACACCACUGAGCGAGAAGCCAGAGCGCACGUAAAGAGUUUGUCCACUGAGGGAAACAUCGACGUUGAAAAUGUCUGUUAUUUCCGAGAAAAAUGUGCGAGUUGACAGCGAGGAAAAUGUGCGAGUUGACAGCGAGGAAAAUGUGCGAGGUGGGAGCGUUUUCAAGGAUAUUGGCGCCGACGACUACGACUGGCAGCCCACAGAGAUCGAGAGCCUGUGUAUGAACUGCUACAAGAACGGUAUGACACGUUUACUUCUGACCAAAAUACCGUUCUUCAAAGAAAUCAUCGUCAGCUCUUUCAGCUGCGCACACUGCAGCUGGUCAAACACCGAAAUCCAGUCUGCAGGCCGGAUUCAGGAUCAAGGCAUUUGCUACACACUGAAAGUCAAAACAAAACAGGACUUGAACAGGGAGGUUGUGAAAGCAGACAGUGCGACCACCAGGAUCCCUGAGCUGGAUUUUGAAAUCCCUCCCUACACCCAGAAAGGUGCACUUUCUACCAUCGAGGGCCUUUUAGACCGAGCAGUUGCAGGGUUGGAGCAAGACCAACCUGUCAGGCGAACAACUGACCCCGAGGUGGCGGAGAAAAUAAACGAAUUCAUCCAGAAGCUGAGGACGUUAAAAGAGGUUGAAAACGAAUUCACUCUAGUGAUUGAGGAUCCAUCUGGCAACAGUUUUGUGGAAAAUCCAUUCGCCCCUCAAAAAGAUGAGGCUCUCACUGUGUCCCGGUUCACGCGGACGGUCCAGCAGGAUAUUCGGCUGGGAAUAAGGGCUGAUGAUGACUUGGAGGAGGACUUGGACAAGGAACCGGCUAGCAACAACCUUGAGGCCAUGAGAAAUGAGGUUUUGGUCUUCAACACCAACUGCCCAGAAUGCAACGCGCCGGCCUCAACUAACAUGAAGCUCGUCCAGAUCCCUCACUUCAAGGAGGUCAUCAUCAUGGCCACUAACUGCGACAGCUGCGGCCAUCGGACCAAUGAGGUGAAAUCAGGUGGAGCCACAGAGGAGCUGGGCACCAAAAUCACCCUGCACAUCACGGACCCAUCAGACAUGACCCGGGACGUGCUCAAGUCAGAGACGUGCGGCGUCCUCAUCCCGGAGCUGGAGUUUGAACUGGGGAUGGCAGCUGUGGGCGGAAAGUUUACCACUCUGGAGGGCCUGCUGAAAGACAUCAAAGACCUGAUCGUCUCCAAAAACCCCUUCAUCUGCGGUGACAGUAGCACGACAGAUCGGGUGCAGAAGCUGAAUGAGUUUGGGGAGAAGAUAGACAAGAUUAUGGCUGGAGAAAUGAAUGUCCACUUCAUCCUGGACGACCCGGCAGGGAACAGCUAUCUGCAGAACGUGUACGCCCCGGAGCCAGAUCCCGAGUUGACUGUUGAGAAGUAUACCCGCUCGUUUGAGCAGAAUGAAGACCUCGGCCUGAAUCAGAUGAAGACUGAGGGAUAUCAAGAGGAAAAAGGAACUGCCAGCACAAGCUGAAAGGAUUAAAUGAGUUUAUAAUGUCAAAAACCCAGUGUAAUUAUGUCGCUCCAUAUUUUCUCCCAUUUUCAUUCAUUUUAAGUUAAACACCGGGCGCAUGGUUGUUUCCUUCAGUCUGUUAAUCAGUGAGAGGAAUUCUAAGUUGUGUAAAUGUACAUUGAAAAUAAAGUAAACAAAAAAAAACAUGGAAGCUGCUGUUUAUUAAAGAUAAAUCUUUAACUCCAUGUUUAUUGCAGUCUUGUGACAUCCCAGAAGAUGGCGCUCUGUUAACUCUGAAUAAAAAGAUUUUUUUUUUUGAGGACCACAUACUGUGUGACAAAUUAAUCUUUUUAUACACCUGUAAGCAUGACAUCAUCUAAAUAAAGUGUUAUCUAAAUUGAUA